CGACCUACUUUCAAAUCUCGGAACCGAAGGCCAAGCUGAUGACGCGCUACAGCCGCGAGAUGACCCUGAUCAACGGUGAUUGCUGUGAUCUGACCAAGAAGAAGGAGGAACUCGUCCAACGUCUUGGCAAAAAGCUACUAGUCCUGACGAACGAGCAGACGAGCAUCGCGGAGGAGAGCAACGCGAACGAUCUGCUCGGUAACGAUGUCGCGCUCAAGGUCACGCAGAAGGUGCGCCCGUCGGACGCCUCCAAGUUCCGGUCGUACGUGGACGAUGUGGGCUACAUCACGAUGCUGCUACUGUCGCUGUCCGGCCGGCUAGCCCGUACCGAUAACGCACUUCACAACAUCGAGCCCAAUCAUCCCGAUAAGAAAAUCCUGGAAUCGAAGCGGGACCGGUUGCUGGAGCAGCUCGAUGAGGCGAAGGAACUGAAGGAUGAUAUCGAUCGGCGCGGUUCCAUCAUUGCCCGGAUCCUCGAGCAGGCACUCACGCCCGACGAGUACGCCGAUUAUGAUUAUUUCGUGAACAUGAAGGCGAAACUGAUUGUCGAUUCGCGCGAAAUCGCCGACAAGAUUACGCUCGGCGAGGAGCAGCUCCGUGCGCUCAAGGACACGCUGGUGCAGAGUGAGUGCUAGCCAGCGAGCGAGCGAGCGAGUGGUUUAGGUUUAAGUUUUUCGUCGUAGGUUUUGUAAGGAUGCCGUAGGUUUAGGUGUUUGCGUUGAUCAUCCCCUAUCACCCCCGUGCGAUCCCGCUAUAUCCGCCCUCUUCCUGCCUAGUGAUAAGAAGAAGAAGAAGGGAGGGCACGAUAGGAUUGUGUUUUUUUGGCUGUUUAUUGUGUGUAUUUCUAGAGGGGCGGGAAGGUUAUUUGUUUCCAAAUUUGCAUCACUAGAACAGAAAGGGAAAGGGAAAGGAGGCAAACUGCCGAUCGAUCAAUCGAUCGUUCGAUAUGCUCUGAGCAGCUUGCUUUUGUACAGCUUAGAUUAGGAUGAAGCAUAAUUAUGAUAGUGUAGCCACCCUUUUAUAUCUCGAACACAGCAACCGCAUACAUAAUAUCUCUCUCUCUCGCUCUCACACUCUUUAUCUUCUUCUCUCGUUUGCUGUAUGAUAGUCAACUCGUUAUUCCUCUCUCUCCCUGUCUCAUCUCAUAGCGAUCCAUCGUUUGCUCUAGGUAGUUAAGAUCGCAUCACAUCACUCUUUGCACCUCUCCAGACCCUCUUUUCUCCGCGUUUGAGAACCAAGCACCACCAACGCUCUUGCAUUUCAACGGAGUGAAGUUGAAAUUCAAAGAGUAUUGCACCGCUUUCCUGGCUUUUGGAGUGUUCUCUUCAAUCAUUUGCAAUCGCUAGACGCACUAGUAGCUGUUAAGAAGGGCGCGGUAUAGAAGACAGGAGGAUGGGCAGGAGUUGCAAUCAUUAAUCCAUUUAGGUAGUGUAGCCGUGUGUGUUGUGUGUGAUUUUUCCCCUUUUUGCUGCAUGUUUGCUUGCACCCGGUGCAUCCUAUUAUGGUGCUUUACACAUACACGCGCAAGCCUAGGGGCAAAAGGAGAAGAACUGUUUAAACGGAAAGGAUCUACGUCGAAGUCACGGCCACUGGCAGAUGAUAGGGGGAUGAGGCCCACAUUAUCUAGGUGCGUUACUGUAACAGAUGUGCAGAUAACAUAAGAAAGGGAGAGAACUAUGUUGCGGAUCGUGUGACGAGCUGGCUGGAAUGUGAGAGAAGAACAAGUUAGCACACUAAGCGAUUACUUUGCUAGACCAGAGGAAGGCAGGGCGUUUUGUAAAUGCACCGAGAAUACGAAAAGGGCACACCGCCGGGUGCCGUGAACAACAUGAUUUGCUAAAGAAGAGUGGUCAUCGGCAGUAGGGAUCGAGCGAUCGACGAAACGAUAGCGCAUAGCGAGCAAGAUAUUGUGAUUUUAUCUGAACGAAAGUAUGUAUUUAGUAGGCGAUGAUCGACCGAUCGAUCGAUCGUACCGUGUUCGACGGUGUUUAGUGUACUGCUGUAGCCUGUUUUAGUCCAUUUCGUGUCCUCGAACUCACUUACUUACUCUUCAGUUAUUUCGAUUUAUUGAUUUACUAUAGAAGAUAUCGGUAGAAGCGAUCACGAUCGCGAUCGAGCGGCGUGUGUGUUUGUGUUUGCCCCCCCCCCCCUCCUCUCCUUUUACUUCGAACAUUAUCAUUUAAAACGCGAAACGUGCGCACGUGUGCGCCAAGUGAAUACACACGGAGCAGAACAGAAUAAUAUAAAGAAUUUAAACAAUUUAA